CUGAACUCAUCGGAGAGCGUCAGAACACCAGCAUGGAAAAUAGUGUUGAUGUCAAGAUAGAAACCAAGGGGGAAAGAAAGCCAAUAAAGCAGAAUCCACUGAGCAAAGCUGGGAAGAGAGUCUGCAGAGCUGUUGAGUACAUCACUGGAGACAUGAAGGAAUUUGGAGCCUGGCUAAAAGAUAAACCCCUCAUGAUCCAGUUUAUUGACUGGGUGCUGCGUGGGAUAUCCCAGGUGAUGUUUGUCAACAAUCCCCUCAGUGGGCUUAUCGUAGUUACUGGUUUCCUGGUGCAGAACCCAUGGUGGACACUCACAGGCUGUUUAGGAACAGUGGUCUCAACUUUAACAGCACUUAUUCUGGGUCAGGACAGAUCAGCCAUUGCAGCAGGCCUGUAUGGCUAUAACGGGGUCUUGGUGGGAUUGCUCAUGGCCGUCUUCUCUGCUAAGGGAGACUACCACUGGUGGCUUCUGCUGCCAGUAGCACUGGUGUCCAUGACAUGCCCUGUUUUCACCAGUGCUUUAGGCUCAGUCUUCUGUAAGUGGGAUCUGCCUGUUUUCACCUUGCCUUUCAACUUGGCCUUGACCCUCUAUCUGGCUGCAUCAGGACCCCAUAACCUCUUCUUCCCUACAACUGUCAUUCAGCCUGCAACAGCAACACCAAACAUCACCUGGACGGAUGCUGAAAUGCCAAUGCUCCUGCAAGCCAUUCCAGUUGGGGUGGGUCAGGUUUAUGGCUGCGAUAACCCCUGGACUGGGGGAAUUUUCCUAAUUGCUUUAUUUAUCUCUUCUCCGCUCAUUUGUCUGCAUGCGGCAAUUGGAUCAGCAGUGGGGAUGCUGGCAGCACUGAGCUUAGCAACACCUUUUAGCAAAAUCUACUCCGGCUUGUGGGGCUACAACAGCUCCCUCUCAUGCGUUGCGAUAGGAGGCAUGUUCUAUGCUUUCACCUGGCAGACACAUUUGCUGGCAAUCGCCUGUGCACUCUUCAGUGCCUAUCUGGGAGCAACAGUGACUAACAUGUUGUCUGUGUUUGGGGUGCCAUCAGGAACCUGGUCUUUCUGCUUGUCUGCACUGACCUUCCUGUUAAUAACCACAAACAACUCUGCCAUCUACAAGCUACCACUCUCCAAAGUCACCUAUCCAGAAGCCAACCGAGCUUAUUAUCUGAGGAUGAAGAAACACCAGAGGUCUUACUGUGAGGUAUAA